CUACCAUGGAUGGUCAUACGACCCUCAUCUCUCGCCAACAUGAAACACUCAUCCAUUCCGUAUAAGAGGGACAAGCUCGGGCUGACUGAUGAAUUGAUCUUAUCUUCACUAUAAUCUUUCUCUCUGCCCGUUCGACCAUGAAAAUCACAACAAUGUUUUCACAUCCGCUUUCCCAGCUCAGUCUAGAUGAGACGAACCUCGCGCGCGAUGUCAUUGUCGCGUGCCACCCAGAUGCAGUCCUCGACUUUCGGAUGAUAUUCUUGUUAGAGCCCCCAAAAGCAGAGGUCGUCGAGUAUCUCAAUCUUGAGCACACCCAGAAGCUAACCCACGAUACCCGGCGACCUCAGCGUUUGGCGCAAGCCAGAUAUGAUGUCAUUGGAGAGAACAAGCUCAAAGCGCCUGAGUAUCAUGAAUCGGUUAUCGAUCUGAUAUCUGGGCGGAGAGUAGCUCACGAGGUCGUUGGCUCAGAGCAUCAUGCCAGUCUCACUCUCCCAAACAGCUCGGAAUUUGAAACCUUGGUCAAUGUUUGUAAGAAGUCCGACUGGUUCCAGGAGAAACUGGCACAGUUCAAACUGCCGGAAGGAUUCGAAGUUGUCAUCGAACCGUGGCCCUAUGGAGGUGGAGAGGCUCAAGAUAAGCAAACGCGUUUUUUUCAAGGUCUCAUAUUCGCCCGAGACACACGAAGUGGAAAUCCUGACACGAAUUUCUACGCCUUCCCUCUUCCACUAAUCCCUAUCAUGGAUGCGCACAAGAGGGAGGUCGUGCGGAUUGAAGAGCUUGCAACGGGCGGCAAGGGUGAGCAGCUUACCGGCAAGACUCAUGCUGCAAAUGCAGUGGACCAUUGUCGCGCCAGUGAAUAUGUUCCUGAGUUGCUCCCGAAUGGAGUAAGGAAGGGUUUAAAGCCUCUAACUGUGCUUCAGCCUGAAGGUCCAAGUUUCACAGUUACAGACGGAAAUCUCGUUCAGUGGCAGAAGUGGAGCAUGCGAGUAACUUUCAAUCCCCGCGAGGGAGCAGUCAUCCAUGACGUUCGAUUUGAUGAUCGCAGCAUCUUGUACCGGUUGAGCAUGAGUGACAUGACGGUCCCAUACGCGGAUCCCCGACCUCCUUUUCACCGCAAGCAAGCAUUUGAUUUCGGAGACGGCGCUCUUGGCGAUACCAUGAACAAUCUUACACUUGGGUGCGAUUGCCUAGGCCUGAUCAAAUACUUCGACGGUGUCCUUAUCGACUCCAGCGGCACUGCUACACCUACCAAAAACGUCAUCUGCCUCCACGAGCAAGACUCUGGCAUCAAUUGGAAACACACAAACUGGCGCACAGGCCGGGCCGUGCUGUCCCGCCGCCGCGAGCUCGUCAUACAGUUUAUCAUAACGCUCGCAAAUUACGAGUAUAUCUUCGCCUUCAGAUUCGACCAAAGCGCCGCCAUCACUCUCGAAUCGCGUGCCACAGGCAUCGUAUCGGUCGUCAACAUCGACCCAGAUAAAACAAGCCCCUACGGUACCGUCGUUUCGCCUGGCGUCCUCGCACAAAACCACCAACAUAUCUUCUGCGCCCGCAUUGACCCAGCCAUCGACGGCCACUCCAACACCCUUAUCCAAGAAGAUACACUUCCCCUUCCCAUUGACGCCCGCAAAAAUCCGCACGGUAACGCCUACGAAAUCCGCAAAACACCCAUCCCAACGAGUACACCCCUUGACGCCUGUCCCUCCACAAACCGUGUUUUCAAAAUCAUAAAUCCGCACAAAACUAACCCGAUCAGCCGCAACCCAGUCGCAUAUAAAUUCGCUCCGCUGCCAACACAACUCCUCCUUGCACACCCAAAUAGCAUCCAGGCCCACCGCGCCGCCUUCGCACAGAGACAUCUCUGGCUUACCAAGUUCAAAGACGACGAGUUGUACGCCGCUGGUCGCUAUACGUUGCAGAGCAGGCGCGAGAUUGGCGGCGUAAGCGAUGCAGCGGCGCGUAAUGAUGAUGUGCUUGACGCGGACCUUGUACUGUGGUGUGUGUUCGGAUUGACGCAUAAUCCGCGUGUUGAGGACUGGCCUGUAAUGCCCGUGGAAGUCAUGCAGCUGAAACUCGUGCCAGCGGAUUUCUUCGUCGCAAAUCCUGCCAUCGAUGUCCCUGUUGUGCGGGAUGUGCAUUCAGUCACGAUGGAGGGGUGUUGUGCGGGGGUUGAAAUGAUGAAGAAUGGAGAUUAG